GCUAGACAGGCUUCGCGGAGAGGAUAAAGUGUGAUACAUUUUUACUGGUCCCCUUGCGGAGAGAGAAAGUCCUAGCCUGGCUGGGCAAGGGGCCGUGAUGGACAUGUUGUUGACAGUCGGGGACAAGGCUGAAACUCAUUGUCUAAUCAACUGCUCAUCAUCACCAUUGCCGACCUUUCUUCCAUGGAGAUGUACCGGCCAGGCACCCGCUACUCAAGGCGGCCGGAUCCCACCCAUCAACUUCCAGUUUCCCAUAAACGGAGUCCAGACAUGACAAACCUCGCGUGUCUAAGCUUCCCGGGCAACUUCCGCGACGGGCCUUAUGGGUGAGUACUGAGAACCAUCAGAUCUCUGCGAUCACAAACGUUCAUGGACGCGGUAGAAUGUUGACCAGACAUGUCUCGCUGCCCAAGAGGAGCUGGUCGAAGAUCUCCCGGCAAAGGGAAACUGCUCGGCUGGGUUCAGAUCCCACUAAACUGUAUCAUGCUCACAUUGUUAGUUUCACAUACAAGAUAAACGGAUGUCCUCUGGCCAAAUACAUGGAAAACAACACCCUCCAUAAUAGUCACCUCACCGUCCCUCAGCGCCGUCAGUGACAAGCGAGACAAAGCCGGCGAAAAUGCUCUCGGGAAGAUGGAGCCGCAUCUGAAUCCGUUCCCGGAUCUCUCGAGCAUUGUAUCGCUGCGUUUGCUGCUCGUAGUCCUUCUGCGUGUCAAACACAGCCCUGUCCAGGACCUGCAAUGCAACCAAAUCGUUGAUCCACCCCGGCACCUCAACGCCCCAAUGAUCC